AUGCCACUCAACAAUGAACAAACUGUACUGAUGGUAGUGGCUGGUACAGGAUGUCCUGGUCCUGUACCUAAUACGCUUGAUCAUCCACAUGGAAUUUUCGUGGAUGAACAAUUGAAUCUAUACGUAGCUGAUACAGAUAAUAACAGGAUUCAACUUUUCUCACCAGGUCAGACACAAGCCAUGACAGUGGCUGGUUUCGGAGCAAAGAGUUAUUUCAUACUCAAUAGACCAACAGAUAUCGCUCUUGAUGCUGACGGUUAUCUAUAUAUUGUGGAGAGUCAAAAUUAUCGAAUUAUCCGAUCAAUGCCAAAUGGAUUUAGAUGCUUGGUUGGAUGUUCUGUUGUAUGUAAUCCUAUAUGUGACAGUGACCAAUUGUGUUCCUCAUCGAAUGAUUGCACUUGUCCAUCUGGCUCGACCACUUCACCUUGUGCGCCACAAUCUACUGGUUUAUGUUCUCUUCAAAACACAUUAAAUGCUGAAUCGAUAGUUUCAAUCACAUUUGGUGCUGGUGCAAGUCAAUAUUCUUCAGCAACACCUGCUGACUUUCAAUUUAGUACAACGUACACACAAGCAUUCAGUGAUACUCUAAGCUAUGGAUCCUUUGCUUUCGCGAAUGCAGUUCCUGCGUAUCAUGCUGGGUGGCAAGGCAAUGCAUCGGAUCAUACACCAAAUGAUGAUACAGGAAGUAGUCAUGGGUAUAUGAUGAUUAUCGAUGCAAAAGUUAAUGCCGAUGAGAUAUUUCGAUUUACGGCGGACAGUUUAUGUAUAGGGUUAACUUAUCAAUUUUCCUUCUAUGUAGCUAAUCUUAUUAAAAGUCCAAACAAUUAUAUUAAACCAAGCAUAAAAUUUGAAGUUCGAACUCUAACAGCUGCGAAUACCUUGCUGGCAACUUUAGAUUCAGGCGAUAUAGCGGAAUUUAACACUUUGACUUGGCAACGCUAUGGGCUUUUAUUUGUUGCAACAACCAGUUCAGUCGUUCUGUUGGCGAUUUCAAAUACUCCAGGUGGUAGUGGAAAUGAUUUAGCCAUCGAUGAUAUUUCAUUAAUAGUUUGUUAA